CUUCUUUGUUGCUGGCUAUUUGUGUCUGUUUGGAUGAAGCAGCCAAUGAUCAAGGUUGAUUGUCUCUUGUCAUCUUUGGAGCUACUAAAUGAUACCUGUUUCUCUUGGUGAUCGUAAGUGUCUCUCUGUGAAUGAAUGCACUCCAAAGGGUUUAAGCCUAGCGCCCGCAACAAAUACAACGCGCACGGACUAAAGAUCUUAAUCCCGAUACCUUCUUCCUUCUCUCUACCAUUACUUGCACAAAUACGAAAAUGGUGAAAAAGUAUGAAAACAUCGUAUGCCUGGGAAGCUCUUUCGCAGCUGGACCAGGAAUACCUCCAAUCAUUGACGCAAAUGCCAGCAGAUCAGGCGAAAAUUAUGCACAUCAAAUUGCCAAAAAGUUAAACGCUCGUUUGACCGAUUUGAGCGUUUCAGGUGCAACACUAGAAAACAUACUAUCGGAACCACAAUCUGUCAAUCCAUCAAAGACGUUUCCACCACAAAUUGAAGGUGUUCCUCAGGAUGCAGAUUUAAUCUUUGUUACGGCAGGUGGAAAUGAUAUGUCAUACAUCGGAAAUAUGAUCAAACAAGCCAUUCAAUCAACUUGGAUAGGAUGGUUUUUGUUUUUGAUCUUAUCACUAUUUCCAAUCCCAAAGCCUGUCGAGAUCACCCAAGAGCAACUUGUUGAAAGGCUGGAGAGUGUUUUGGACGCAAUACACGAACGAGCACCACAAGCACGAGUUCUGCUGGUGGAAUAUUUGGCCCUUUUGGGCGAAGAAGAUGAUGAAAACAGUCGAUCGGCAGCAAAAGAGAUUGGAUUUACACCUGAACAAGAGCAAGAGCAUAGACAGAAAGCGGAAAGACUAGCAAACGCAUAUGCACAAGCAGCAAAGUCACGCUCGGUAUGGUGUCAAGUUGUUCCCAUUCACAAAGAGAGCCAAAAGGAACACCCGAUUGGCAGCUCACAACCAUGGGUAACUGGAUUCAAACUGUACGAUGUGGCCAUUUUGAGAAAAGUGCCUUUUCACCCUACUUUAGCCGGCAUGACCGCUACUGCUGAGCGUAUUUCGCAAUAUCUUGAUAGCACAGCGUCAUGAACAGCAUUUAUUCGCACUCUUGCUCAUCUGCAAAUGCAGGGCUCGGGAAUUUCCAUCCUUUUAAAAACGUCAUCCGUGCGUCACCUGUCCGAUCACGAAAUGAAAUGCUUGCCUUUUUGACAAGAUUUGA